AUGGCCGACACCGCUGGCCUGAACGGCGGCCCCGUCGCCGAGGACAACAUCAUCAAUCGCCGUGGCAAUGAGGGCAUCUAUCAGAGCUGUGUUAAUCUCAAGAGGCGACUCGCAGAAGUCCCCAAUUUCGAGCCUUAUCUGCAGGAGAUGGACGAAGAAGAUAGGCUACAGGGAAACUCCGACCCCGUCGCCUCGCUUUGGAGUUUCCUGCGACAUGGAUACCCCCUGUUGGCCAUCUACAAUGCCUCCGACCCAGGCGCACAACUCGAAGUCGAUACCACAAAAGUUCCUGAAGCUAGACGUCCCAAGGCAGCUACCUUUAAAUUUCUCCAAGCCGCUAUACAGGAGAUGGCAUUCCCACAGCAAGAAUGUUUCCUUAUCACGGACUUGUACGGCGAUAACACAAUCGGGUUCACCAAAGUGAUAAAGAUGGUCAAUCGGGUCUUAGACAUCCUGGAGAUUCAAGGCCAGUUAAAACGGCCAUCUGGUACCGGCACAGCCGCCCCAGCGGCAGGAAGGAAACUCACCAAACGAGAACACAUUUUAAAGGAGUUGCUAGAAACAGAGCGCGACUAUGUCCACCACCUUCAAAAUUUACAGGCACUCAAAAAGGAGUUGGAGGAUACCGGAGCUCUCACUGGCGAUGCUAGUCAUCAAAUCUUCUUGAACCUGAAUAAUCUGCUUGAUUUUGCGCAGCGGUUCCUAAUUCGGCUCGAACAACACUACGCUCGACCAGAGGAGAAGCAGAACUGGGGUGAGUUGUUCAUUCAGCAUGAAGAAGCUUUCCGUCAGUACGAACCGUUUAUUGCGAACCAAAUGCGAUGUGAUCAGACCUGCCAUAAGGAGUGGGAUAAGAUCCGAGCAGCUCCGCGCUCUAUCGAUUUACAACAGAUGGUUGCGCAACCAGCCACACUCAACGGUUUCUUUGUUAAGCCGUUUCAACGCUUGACGAAGUAUCCUCUAAUGCUCUUGGAAUUGCGCAAGCAAAUUGAGGAUCCAGAUCUUCAAGCCGAUAUUUCACGCGCCAUCGAGUCUCUUCAGACUGUGCUGGAUGCUGCCAACGAUGCAAUCGACAAAGAACAACUAGCCUCCGCCUUUAGAGAACUGGACGAACGCGUUGAUGACUGGAAGGCACUGAAAAUCGACUCAUUCGGCGAUCUACUUCGUUUCGGUACAUUCACAGUCAUAAAAGGAGACAGUGGUAAGGAUUCGGAAAGAGAGGAUGUGCCUCAUGUCCUGAUUAUCGCCACAUACGACCAAAUUUUACAAAGGUGCUAA